AUGAGUAUUCGUUCAACAACUCCAAAUAAAAUGUUUGGAAUCACAGAAUUAGAAGAAUAUAAAAUUUCUCAAUUCAAACGACCUUAAACUUCAAUGAAAUUUUCACUUUAAAAAAUUCAAGAAAUUGGUUAAUCACUCAACAACAUUUUAUCAAAAAAGAAAACUUAAAAUGAUAAAAAAAUCUUACAAUUUUUCAAUGAUAGAUUCAAUCAAAAUAUGUAAAAUAUUAACACAUCAGCAUUUUAUGAAUCCCUAAAUUCAGAUAAAUAAACAAUUUCUAAACGUAAACAAAACCAUACUAAUUUUGCCACUAAUUACAGUCAUUUAGGAGGUACUGAAACUGAAAGAUCACAUAAAAAUAUAAAAAACUAAAGGGAAUCAUUUAAAUACUUAAAUAACAGCCGAUAAAACAAAAAUUAAAAUCUGCAACAAAAAAUUAGUGAUGGCCUGAGAAAUUAAUCUUGGAUUUGGGCAAAAGAUAAUAAUCAUAUGAAUUAAUGUUCUUUAGAUUAUAGUAAAUCUGAAAAUAUCACUACGAGAAACAAUCGAAUUCGCUAAUCUAGUUAAUCAAUAAACUAAGAUUUUGAUUAUUGUACUUUAUAAUCUAUAGCAGUUCAAAUCCAAAAUGAUCCUAAUCAAACAGAUCUUAUAAUUUGUUGUUAAAAUUACAAAUUAUAUUCAUUAAAUUAAUACUCUAAAAUGAUUACUUUAAUUGGCUAACAUUAUCGUCCUAUUAAAUAAAUGACUAAAAUUAUAAUUUAGUCGAAUAAUAAGACUUUCUAUACUAGUAGCAGUGAUGGUUAGAUAAUAUAAUGGGUAUCUGAUUCUAUGCAUGGACCUUUUAAAUAUUAAUAAUCAAUUAGAAUAGAAGAACCUCCUAUUUAAUUACAUUUAGACUAAUAAGGAUCUUUAUAUAUUUUAACUGCUAAUUUUUUGACCUAUUAGAGUUAUAAAAUACCUUUAAGUGGAAAUGUCAAAUGCUUAAGUGUAACUCCUAAAAAAAUAAUUAUUGCUAUUGAUAAUUAAAUUCAUUAAUUAAUUAAUGAUAUAACGAAUAUUUAAAAAAUUUAACUUGAUAAACAUAUUAAAACAAUCUUUUAUGAAGAUUAGCAAUUAUAUAUACUUACUACUCAAAAAUCUUUGAUUGUUUUUGAUGAUUAAUAGAAUAAUUUAAUUUUUAAUUCAGAAAUCUAAUUAGAUGCUGAUUGGAUUUAUGCAAUGCCCAAAAAUUAAAUUAUUAUUCAAAAAGAUAAGAAUGUUAUAAUUUAAUCCUUUCAAAGAACUCGCAAGUUUUAAUUAACAGAUAAAAUUACUUGCUUACUACCCUUAUCUUAAUAAAUAUUAAUAGGAGAUUCAAAAAAAACUAUUAAAAUUAUUAAGCUUUGA